UCGUGCACCCGCUUGUCUAGAUCUGUUCCUUCCUUUGAGAUCGGACUGCAGCUUUCGCUACUGCAACCCUGUCUAGAAUAUUCCCAAGGUAUCAUUAUAUCUGUACUCAAUUUUUUGGAGUUUCAGUUAGGCCCACCUGAACCGGAAAUCUUGCAAUCGGAGGUUGGAUUGGUCUCGUGACUUUGGUUUUACUGUGGCUCUUGAUCGUGGCACGAGUGAUUUUCUAGCUUAACAGAGGUGGAUUGCUAUCAUUACUUCCACACCGCAGACACCAUGCCUUCCCCUGCGCGAGGACGAGGAACGAGGCAUAGGGGAUCCGAAGAAGAGUUUGUUCUCUUUCUACAGGGGAUUCCAGCCCACUGUCGUUGGCAAGAGCUCAAGGACAUGGUCCGUCAGACUGCGCUGCACAUCAGACAAGCAGUCGUAUACGAUGACCAACAUGGAUUUCCCACGGGUCUGGGGCAGAUCAUCGUGAAGAACGAAGACGAAGCCUGGCGGACUUAUCACCGGCUAUCCACCACCGGAUGGGAAGGGCAAAGUUUGGUCGUCACCUUGGCUCGCACCAGCUCCCCAACUCGCCCGAUCGCUGGCCCAACCAAAAGCCCGCGCUGCGUGAUUCCGCCCAGCUACGUUGCAGGGCACACCACUCCUCCGAGAAUCGCGCAGAAUCUGGCUGUCCCUGCGUCUCCCAUGUCUCCAGAAAGGCCUGUUAUGUCCGGAAGCCCAACCUUUCAGCCAUCCGAAUAUGGCCCGGUUCUCAACCCCAUGGGCUUCGCUCAUCCACCCUUUAUGCCCCUUUUCGCCGAUGCUCUGUCGCAAUCCAUGGCAGGGAUGCCGCCGUCUCCGGCUAUGCGGCAUUCUUUCUGCGACCCCGUCACCUUCACCGUCUUCCCUCCGUACCACAUAACCCCCAUGCUGCACCCGCAAGGCCUUCCCGAGAACCAAAUUCGCUUCGGUGGGGGGCAUAGCAACCACAUCGGUGCUCCACCCGUGCUCCCUCCCAAAGUCAUGUACCCAGCCUACCCAGUUCCGCCUAUCUACCAAGGCCGACCUCCCACCGCCACAUCGGGGCCUCCUGGCCGCUAUCCUGGAGGUGGGGGCCGCCGGACGAUUUUCAUUCAGAACAUCAGCGCGACGACGGACACCGAGGAUCUGGGAGACUUCCUCCGCGAGGCAGGGACAAUCGACCAGUGCGAGAUGCCGACUGACGCCGACUCCGGCCGCUGCAAGGGUUUUGCGCGAGUGACGUUCCGACACGGCGAGGAGGCCAAGCGCGCCGUGGCUCUAUUCAACAACGGGUUCCUAAAGGGCGCCAAAAUCCGCGUCAAGAUGGACCGCAGUCUCCAUCUGGCGCACAGUUUCUCCCACGGCUCCACGAGGUCAGACUGCAGCAACGCCAGCAGUGCCAGCAACAGCAGCAACAGCAGCACUGUGAGUAGCAGUACCGUCCACACUAACAGUCCCUCAACUACCGAAACGGCCAUCCCCGCGCAGGACGUCAUUGUCCCUCAGGACGUGGCACAAGAUCACAACGAGAGACCACGCAGCGUCCCGACCCCGCAAAAGUCCACUACCGAUCGAUGCCAACCGUUAGUGAUCAACGGGUCAGGGGUGGGACAGAGGACAGUGGUGACUUGAUUCGAAUUGACCUCUUUUAUUGAUAUAGUGCAUCAGUAGCCGUUUCUUUUUCUGUUUCUCCCCUAUU